UGGGCAUCACUGUAGAUGUUGAAGAAGGGAGUUACUCAAACCUGGGCAUCUUCACUCACUCGCUCUGGAAUUACAGCUAUUUAUUACAAAGCACUCUGUGUGGCUUGGUGGAGUGUGCCUGAGGAAGCACAUCCCAGACACCACUUGGGGUUAGUCUCUCAGAGCUCUUCACAUCUCUAAUUCUCAUCAUUAUCAUGGAGCCCAACAGCCCCAAAAAGAUACAAUUUGCUGUGCCUUUAUUCCAGAGUCAGAUUGCACCCGAAGCAGCAGAGCAGAUAAGGAAAAGAAGACCUACACCAGCAUCACUUGUGAUUCUGAAUGAACAUAACCCUCCAGAAAUAGAUGACAAGAGGGUGACCAACACACAAGGAGAAUCACAGAAUGCAUCCCCUAAGCAAAGGAAGCAGAGCGUAUACACACCACCUGCCAUGAAAGGGGUUAAGCAUCUGAAAGGCCAGAAUGAAACAGCAGUCCCUGAAGAAGAAGAAGGCGUAAAUGAAAAAGAGGAGAAGUGGGACCAUUAAUUACGGGUCUGCAGCAAGAAGGCUUCUUGGGAAUAACAGAACUAUUAACUUUUCUGACUAUUCCAUGGAACUCCACUGCUUGACUUCCAGAGCACUCCAUCUUUGCACUUUACACUCAUACAGUAGUAAUACACCUUCUGGGAAGCCCUCCUGACUGAAUUUUAGAACUAAGUACAAAUUGUUCCAUAUUAUUUAUAAUCAAAGAAUAAGCAUUUAUUUUAUGGUGAUUCUUUUUUUAAUGACUUAGAAAUUUGCAAACAUGUGAGUGUUGUAACUUUAAUACCACCAGAGCUUAAUCCCUAAUGUCCUACUGAUAUAAUUUGCCAUCUAAGGUCAAAUGUAAAUAGCAUCAUUUUAAGAGUAAAAGAUAAACGUUAAAACAUUUAGCUAUGACUGUGUGUCUGGGUUUAAUGUAAAGAGAAAUAUUUAAUGAAAAGUGGACUUUUAAGUUAAGAUCAGCAUUUAUCAGCUCCGAUAUAAAGAAUUACACAGUAUUUAUUUCAAAAUGAUGAAAAUUUGAAAGCCCACAUCAUAUUAGCCUUUAGGUAUUAAACAUUUCUUUCUCCCCAACAAGACAUUAACGGUUACUUGAGGAAUUAUAGAAAUCUCUUUAUUUUCUAAACUGUGAUAGAUGUAUUCCCUGGCAUUUUCUCUGGUUAUUAAGACAGAUUAUUAAUCUAAAAUAAAAUAUGCUAA